CUAAUCUGUGUUAUUGCAGGUUGGCGGCAAGUUGAUCUUAGAGGUAAUUGGCCCUUUCUUUGAACAUGCCCUGCUUUUAUUCAUCUUUGUGCCAGACGGAUGCUACACAACGUCGAAGUCAGAAAAUUACGGAUGCGCAUCGAUUACCGCCAGGUUUUUUUAAUGAUGCACAUCCUUCUACGACACGUCGUCCCCCUUCCCGUCACGGCCGUGGCAGCCGUACAACACCCUCGUCAUCGCGUACCCUUCUUGGUCGGCUUUCCUCGCUCUUCCCUCGUUAUCACCACACCACGCCGAGUGUCGUCGAGGUGCCCACUGUCCAGGACAGAAAGGCCUUGUAUGUCUCCCCACCGCGCCAGAAAAAACAACUCUUGCAAGGUACCCACACUCAAGGUCAACAGCAACAACAAGGUCAAUCACAUGGGCAGGCAUCGUCGUCUCAUCCCCCGGUGACAUCUGCAGGUGCUGCUGCAACUCCUGUAUCUACAACUGCAACACCAUCGCGUCCUGCUACCGCCAACAAUCUCAGCCUAUGGACUCGCAUAGUGCUCUGCGUCUGCUGCGUCUCUGCCGACUAUACUAAUGGCCAUCAUUGAUGAAGCAGCGUUUCAUCGCUCGCAUUGCUUCUCAUUAUGUGCUAACGUUCUUGUCCUCGUAUCGUACUAUCAUUUUUACCUGCAGAUGCCAACUAUAUGGAGCCAAUCACUGGUUCGCUGCUGCAGCUAAGCGUCUUC